AUGGCCUUCCCCGUGAUCGAAAUCGCUCACUGCGCCGCGAACGACGCGUUCAAGGCGAACCCGGCCGACAUUGCGACGACGGCGAAGCAGACCGGCGACUUCCUCAAGGCCACCGCAGGCAUCACCAAGAUCGUCCGAGGAGGCCUGCAGCACGAGGACCAGUCGACGGGCUACCUCUUCAUCGGGUGGAACACGUACGAGGACCACAAGGCGCUGAUGGCCUCGCCCGAGUACCCGACGCUCGGCGCCGCCGUCGGCGAUAUCUGGGACGCGGCCCAGGGGAUCAAGAUGUACCACGUCCGACCCGAGCACGACCCCGCGCCCGUCUUCGAGGCGCCGGUGACCGAGGUCGCCAAGUUCACGAUCAAGAGCGCGGCGGACCGCGCGGGCUUCGAGGCCGCGUUCGCGACGCUCACCGGCGCGGUCACCGGCGCGCCGAAGGAGACGGGCCUGCUCGCGCUCACGUGGGGCACGGGCGUCGAGGACGAGGACGUGCGGGUGCUGAUGAUCGGGUGGACGAGCGUCCAGGAUGGGUUGCGCAAGGCUGAGCGUUCGAGUACGCUUCGCGGGUGCGAGGCAUGGAACCUUGGUCAGAGAAAUUCGCUGGAGCAAGAUCAGCAGGCUGGUCCCCGAAAUGUCUUCGUGACUAUCUGGACGAGAGAGCGGUGGUACUUCAAGCGCAAAUAUGUGAAGCCGCCAGGCACCAGUGACGCGACGUCCCCAGGUCAAGUCAGUCGCCUCUCAGUCGGCUCGACAGUGGACCUCGUGGAGACGGACGUCUUCAGCUUCUUUGCCGCGCUCCUGUUCGUGCCCGAGACCAAGGCGCUUUCGCUCGAGGGGCUCGACCAGGUGUUCAGCGUCCUGACGCACGCCUACGCCGCCUACUAUUAG